GAGCGAAAAAUAAUUUUUGGUGCUCCGUUGUCGUUGUCGUCGUCGUUGCCGUCGCAGUCGCAGUCGAAAUCGGUUUUGUGCGUGAAAAUCGUCGUGUAGUUUUGUUAGCUGAGAGUACUCAUUUUUGGAAGUGAGCAAACGUGAAUAGUCUUCAUCGAUUUUGGCCAUAUUUUUCAACCGGCUAAAAAAUGCCUUCGAAACUGAUAUCAUCAUCGUUCCAUAGCACGCCCCUCAACGAUUGCUUCAAAGUGGGCGCGUUUGAGAGACGUUUAGAUGCACUCCUUGCUGAUUUGCAGAACAGCGUGCCGGGGCAGCCGCAACAAUCUCAGCCGCAGUAUGGAACAGUGCAACCCAAACAGCAGCAGCAGCAGCAACAACAACAGUUCGUGGACAAUACUCCAGGGUAUGGCAGCCUGAGGGGCAAGGCACAGCCACAAGUGUACCAGGAACAUUAUAGCGUAGAGACGCGCUCUCCUACGGCAGCGGAUCUGAAUGGAGUUAGUCAUCAGAGCAAUGGUUAUCAGAAUCAAGGCACUGGCUCGCUGCCUCGCUCAGGUUAUAAUAAUGGAAUUGCCCAGAAUAGCUCCGGAUUGUCAGAGCUGGACUCGCUGUUGCAGGAUCUGCAGAAUGCACGCUAUAACAAUGGCAGUGCGGAACGCAAGGAAGUCGAUGUGCCAGUUAACUACAGCACACCGGUCUCCAAGUACAACACCUACAACAGCUACGCAACAGUGGAGGAGCGACCCACAGUCGAUAGUCUUCUAAACGAGCUGGACAAUGCGCACAUCUAUGCUGUCCCUAAUGGAUCUGCUCACAAAUCUCCGACGCCCGGUCGUCAUGUAACUAUUACUGUGCGCGAAACGAAAACCGAGAAGCUCUCAGGACCCGAUGGACCAGUUGGUUCUGUUGAGGAGCACAUAGUGCAACAAAAGGAUUCGUACUCACCCAACUUUGCAGCUCCGCCUCAACAUCAGACCUACACUUCACAGGCCACCAAGGAAUUGGAUGAUUUAAUGGCAUCACUGUCGGACUUUAAGGUCAGCAGCAAUAGUAACAGCAACAGCAACGGAUACGACGGAGCACAGCAACAGUUGCAGCAACAUCAUCAUCAGCAGCAGCAACAGCAUCACCAACAGACGGUGACGGACUACGCGCAACCGAACAAGGGAACACAGCAGGCGCAUCUCACGCAGACCAUUGAGGAGACGACAAUCGUCGAGGAUAGUCGCGAGGAUCAGUUGGAUUCUAUGCUUGGCAAUUUACAGGCCAAUAUGAGUCGUCAAGGUGUCAACACAGUGCAGAAGGGCUGCUGCAAUGCAUGCGAGAAGCCAAUUGUCGGCCAGGUGAUCACUGCCCUGGGCAAGACCUGGCAUCCGGAGCACUUCACGUGCAAUCACUGCAGCCAGGAGCUCGGUACACGCAACUUCUUCGAGCGCGACGGAUUCCCGUACUGCGAACCCGACUACCACAAUCUGUUCAGUCCACGUUGCGCCUACUGCAAUGGCGCCAUUCUGGACAAGUGUGUGACCGCCCUGGACAAGACCUGGCACACCGAGCAUUUCUUUUGCGCCCAGUGUGGCCAGCAGUUCGGCGAGGAUGGGUUCCAUGAGCGCGAUGGCAAACCGUACUGCCGCAACGAUUACUUCGAGAUGUUUGCCCCGAAAUGCAAUGGCUGCAACCGCGCCAUCAUGGAGAACUAUAUCUCCGCCUUGAACUCGCAGUGGCAUCCCGAUUGCUUUGUCUGCAGGGAUUGCAAGAAGGCUGUGCGUGGCAAGUCCUUCUAUGCCAUGGAGGGCAAGCCUGUGUGUCCGCAGUGUGUGGGCGUCGACGAGGAGGAGUAAACUCGCUAGCCCAAAACUCAAUCCCAACACCAGCAACACCAGCAGCAGCAGCAACAACUUGUUGAAGUUCCGCAGCAGCAGCAGCAAUAGCAGCACGAAAAUAGCCCCCCGCCCAGAUACUGAGGCAGACAGAGAAGAUAGAAAAAGAUUCGGAUGAUGUGUAUUCUGUUGUUUAUCGAGUGGCAGCUGCUGCGUGCCACUUUCACUCGCUCGCUGUCUCGCUCUUUUUUUGUCAUCUAGUCAUCUAGGGGCUAUUUUCGUUGUAAACGUUUUUCGCAUUCGUUUCGUCGGGGCCUCAACACGUUGCCCACCAGUCCAGUAACCUCGAGGAGCAGCCACACACCACAACAAACAACACACACACCACAGCACACACAGAGAGUCACUUACACAUCGAUUGCUUUGGCUGCACCACUGCUGACCACCGAGUAAUCGGUUGGGUCGGUGGUUGGCGCCCAGAAUCGAGCUGCUCUUAUUCUUAUGAUGGCCACGAUGGCUUGUGUCUUACGCCCCUGUUGCCCCUGUGAAACUCAGACCCCGGCCCUGGCGUUCAAACGCCAUUCUGCUGUUGCCCUGUUGAACUUUUCUAUAUGCAAAGUUAGAUUUAAGUUUUUAGGUAUUUUUUAAAUUUAAACAUUUAUGAAGCAAUAUUGUAAUUUGUUUUUGUAAAUAAAAUUUAAAUAAUUACAUAUUAAAAAGAAAACACACAACAAAAAUAGA